CACCACACAACGCCACCUGCGCAGCCAUGGCUUCCAACGGAUCAGAGUCGCCUAGCAAAACAAAGCGCUCUCGCGCUGAAAUGGAGGCAGAAGAUCAGGAUAUGAAGGAGCCUGCCGCGCAAGCAACUGACGACGACUCUUCCUCGGACGAUGACGACUUUGGCCCUGCGCUCCCCUCGUCCGCGCCCAAGAAGAAGAAGCGCAAGCUCCCGUAUGAGAAGCUUUACAUUGCUGCCCUGCCCGCCGCCCCACGCUACUCCAAGUCGCUGAUGCACCGCGACCAACUGUGCUUCACCGUCUUCACGCCAUACACCGACUUCCUCAUAACAAGCUCCAUAGAUGGCGUCGUCAAGUUCUGGAAGAAAGAUUACGGAGGAAUCGAGUUCGUGAAAGAGUUCAAGGCGCAUACUGGCGAGAUACGGUCCGUCAAUGUCAGCGCAGACGGACGCAGUUUCGCGACUGCUGGGUCAGAUAAAACAGUCAAGAUCUUCGACGUUGUCACAUUCGAUCUGCUAGCUAUGUUGAGCCUGGAUUACAGUCCUCAGGCGGUAUGCUGGGUCCACGGUCGCGGCGCAAGCUUUCCACAGCUCGCUGUGAGCGCAGAAGACAACGCUUGGAUCCGGAUAUACGACGGUCGAGGCGAGAACCUGGAGCCACUACACACUCUGAAGAGCAUACACCGAGCCCCCGUGAGCCUCAUGGCAUACAACAACGCAUACGACUGCGUGGUCAGCGUAGACCAGGGCGGCAUGGUAGAGUACUGGCAACCCUCCGGCAACUUCUCCAAACCCGACAACGUCUUCUCGAUGAAAUCCUCAACCAGCCUCUUCGACUUCAAAAAAGCAAAAUGCGUCCCCUCUACCCUGACCAUCUCGCCCACAGGCCACCAAUUCGCAACCCUCUCCUUCCCCGACCGCAAAAUCCGCAUCUUCGACUUCCCAACGGCCAAACUGCACCGCACAUACGACGAGUCCAUCGAAACAAUCACCUCCAUGCAACAAGCCGGCACCGCCGUGCAAGCACUCGAAGACAUCGAAUUCGGGCGCCGCCUAGGCAUUGAGCGGGACCUCGACACGCCUCAACUACGCGCCCGACAAAACGUCAUCUUCGACGAGACAGGCAACUUCAUCCUCUACGGCUCCAUGUACGGCAUCAAAGUCCUCAACACGCUAACCAACAAACUCGUCAAACUGUACGGGCGCGAAGAGCCUUUGCGGUCGCUGUGGUUGUCCCUGUACCAAGGCCAGCCGGACAAAAAGCGCGUGACGACCGUCGAAAUGGCGGCCUCUGAGAACCCGCUGCUGCAGGAAGCGGAGGCGAGAGAUGCGAUGCUGGUCAGCACGGGGAGCGGGAAAGUGCGGUUCUACAUGUACACGAACGACACCAACACGUCCAAAGACCGCGAUGUGCAGAAUGAGAAGCCUCGCGACAACGCACGAACCAAGAAGGAAGACGAGAGACAAGCAGCGACCGGCACCACAGCGGUCCUGCACACCACCUACGGCGAUAUCACACUCCGCCUCUUCCCCGACGCAGCGCCCAGGGCUGUCGAGAAUUUCGUCACCCAUAGCCGGAACGGGUACUACAACGACGUGAUCUUCCACCGCGUGAUCCGCAAAUUCAUGAUCCAGACGGGCGAUCCGCUGGGCGACGGCACAGGCGGCGAGUCCAUCUGGGGCAAGGACUUUGCGGAUGAGAUAUCUGUGCUUAAGCACGACAAGCCGUAUACGUUGAGCAUGGCGAAUGCGGGGCCGGGCACGAAUGCGAGUCAGUUUUUUAUCACGACGGAGAAAGCU